AGAAUCUCAUGACUCAGACUGGUUGAAGACCUAGUGAUGUGUCACAUGACAAGUCAUGUGUUCAUUUCAGGGGUGUGAGAUGUUUCGCUGCGUCACCAGCACGCAGUUGCCCAGUUGCCUUCGGCAGCGAAGAGGCAGAUAUCUCAGAUGGCCUACAAGAAACCAUGACAUUUACCAGUCGUCCGCACCCCACAGUAGUGAGUCCACCUAGACAAUGAAGCUCACUGCCUUGGAGGUUAGUGUUAAGUUCUUUGGAGGGCAGAUGCCUGGAUGGCAAGGCUGCUGCGGAGGUUGUUCCAAGUCCCUGAGAUCGUGGAGCCUCAUGGUUUUGUUCACCCCUUUUCGCUGCUUUUUAGCCCCAGUUUUCAACACUGGCUCUGAUUUUGGCACCACAUUUUGCACUGCCCAAUGGCGCUCAACACAGCUUGGGUGCCAACAGUGAGCUCGACUCAGGUUAGUGCUCCUACAGCCCGACAAGCUGGUGCAGGCCAAUCAGAGCUGUCUGCCUACGGCAGUUCUCGCGCCGCCGCUGCCGGCGUGGUCGGCGCGGCCGCCGCGUUCGCGGCGGUGCCAGGCCGACGGAAAGGAGGCCUUUCUCGCCGUCCAGGACGCUCUUUGAUAGCCUUGAAGGCGACCGAUGUGAUCGAGAAGCCCAAGCAGGAAGUUAAGGGCGACCUGGAAAAGGAAAACGAAGAGCUCAUUGCGACUCUGGCCGAGCAGGUCGAAGCGAUUAAUGAGCUCGAGGAGGAGUUCGAGAAGAUGGGCAAUGACCAGUUGCGGGCCAAAACGGACGAACUCAGAAAGAGAAUCCAGGCCAAGGGCUUUGAGAAGAAGACUGUGAAUGAAGCCUUCGCCGUGCUUAGAGAGGCUGUGUGGCGGGUCUUGGAGCUGUGGUAUUUCGAUGUGCAGCUCUUGGGUGGCCUGGUCCUCCACAAGGAGCGCCUGGCUGAGAUGAAGACAGGCGAGGGGAAGACCAUUGUGGCGCUCUUGCCGACCUUCCUGGCUGCCUUGGAGGACAAGGGUGGCGUCUUCGUGGUCACGCCCAACGACUACCUGGCCCGCCGCGACGCGGAGAACGUGGGGCAGGUGCUGCGCUUCUUGGGGCUGACCGUGGGCCUGGUGCAGUCCACCAUGGAGGUGGCCGACAGGCAAAAAGCCUACAAGUGCGACGUGGUCUACUUGACCAAUGCCGAGCUGGGCUUCGAUUACCUCCGCGACAACUUGGCCGUUUAUCCACAUCAAGUCGUUCAGAGCAAGAGCUUCCACUUCUGCUUGGUGGACGAGGCAGACUCCAUUUUGAUCGACGAGGCCCGCACGCCGCUCAUCAUCUCCGAGUCGGUCCCUGCGGUGCCGCGCCAGUUCGAGGCGGGCCGCGAGGUGGCCAAUGCUCUGAAGAAGGAUCUUCACUACACCGUAGAUGAGAAGAACAUGAACGUGGUCAUGACAGACCUGGGAGAGAAAGUGGCUCAGGACCUGUUGCAGGUGGAGAACCUUUGGGAGCCUGAGGAGGCAUGGAUCUUGUACGUUUUGAACGCGGUCAAGGCCAAGGAGCUCUUCCAGCUGGGUGAGGAAUACAUCAUCCGAGAUGGAAAAGUCUCCAUCGUGGACACCUUCACUGGCCGUGUCUUGGAGGGCCGGCGCUGGUCCGACGGCAUGCACCAGGCCAUCGAGUGCAAGGAGAACAUCUCUGUGAGCGUACGGUCUCAAGUAUCUGCACAGAUCACCUACCAGUCGCUCUUCCGGCUCUUCCCGCGGCUCUGCGCCAUGACCGGCACCGCCUUGACGGAGGCCGCUGAGUUCGAGGAGAUCUACGGCCUCCGCUGCACCGGCGUCCCCACGGCGCGGCCCAACGUGCGACGCGACUACCCGGAUGUGGUCUACAAGACCGAGGAGGCCAAGCUGAACGCCAUCGUGGAGGAGAUUGUGCUGAACAACGAGCGCAACGGCCGACCGAUUUUGAUCGGCACUGCCAACGUGAAGAUGUCUGAGGCCAUUGUGAGCCGGCUGAGGGAGGCGGGUGUGGAGCCGCAGCUCCUGAAUGCCCGGCCGGAGUCCAUCGCUCGAGAGAACGAGACCAUCUCCCAAGCAGGCCGACUGGGCAUGGUGACGGUCUCUACCAACAUGGCAGGGCGUGGAACCGACAUCAUCUUGGGUGGCAACCAUUCUCAGAUGGCGGCUCUGAACAUCAGAUCCCGACUGGCAGAUGCCCUCCUGUCCAUGGAGGAAUCGGCCAAGGUCUACAACCCUGGGGAGGAGUUUUAUCCAACAGAUAUUCCAGGUAGCCUAGAGAAGAGCCUCACGGAGGCAGUCGAGGCGGUGGCCAAGUGCCCGGCGGGCGAGGCCACACAGAGCUUUCUGGAAGUGGAGGAGUUGGUGGCCUCAGUGGGUGGUGAGGCGCCCUUUGAGGCCAACGAGAGCGCUCAGGCGUUGACGGCCCUGCGGAAGGCCUUCGCAGAGCUAAAGACGCUCUACAAGGACGCACUGACAGAUGAGAAGGACCAGGUCAUCAAGGCGGGCGGCCUCUAUGUCCUGGGCACCACACGCCACGAGUCUCGUCGCAUUGACAACCAGCUGCGCGGUCGAGCAGGUCGACAGGGGGAUCCGGGAACCACCCGUUUCUUCAUCUCCUUGCAGGACGAUGUCUUCAGAGUCUUUGGUGGCGACAAGAUCGAAACCUUGAUGGACCGCUUCCGGCUCGGCGACGCGAUCCCGCUCCAGAGCCCCAUUGUAAACGAUACGCUGGACCGUGUGCAGAAAGCAGUGGAAGAGUUUUUCAAGAAGACCCGCACGACCUUGUUUGAGUUUGACAAGGUGAUCUCUAAGCAGAGAGAGCUCACCUACAAAACUCGGAAGGAGUUCUUGGCGAAUGAAGACAAGGCCGUCAUGAAGCUUGUCGAGGAGUGGGGUGAGGAUGCGGUAGACUUCCACAUCGACCAGGUGAAGGACAAGAGUGACGAAGAGAAAGCAAAGGAGUUUGAGGAAUACUUCGGCUUCGACAUGCCCGAGCUCGGUGCAGACAUGAAGGCCGACACCAAGAAGGCCAAAGAGGCUGCCAGAGCGGUUCUCUCGAAGGCCGUGCGGGAGAGCAUCAAGAAGAAGGCAGCCUCCUAUGAGGAGUUCCGACCUGGCUUUGCGGUUGAAGCCGCACGCAUCGCCACCGUGGUGACCAUCGACGAUGAGUGGAAGGCUUUGUUGCAAAAGAUGGAUGCAUUGAAGCAGACCGUGGGUCUGGCAGCCUACAAGGGCACCGAGCCACUCAAAGAGUACCAGGUGCAAGGUUUCAAGAUGUACCAGAAGGUGGAGAACAAAUACAAAGCCCGAUCGGUCAGCCGCUGGCUCCGCUCAAAGCCGAAGAAGGAUGCCAAGCAGUAGCUGCUGGUCACGAUGUAAAGAAGAUGAGAGGCUCCCUUGUAAGUCUUAGACGCGAGACCCCUGCUUGCCUGUCGAGUCGAGGUAUUUCGUGGCUGACUUCGGUGUGCCGCGCCGACGUAGUUGAGAUUUUCAGCCUGGCAUGGACCUGGCCAUUUUCGACUGACAACAUGGUGCAAGCCUCUAAGGAAGGUGUGAGAACAUCUCCGCAUCAAUACAUGAUUACGCAAAAGUUAGGAACUCAGUUCGUUGCUGCUUAGACCCUCGCAGAUUUUGCAGGGCUCCCUUGCUUUGAAACUAGGGGUUUCUGUGUGCAGCGCCCCCGCACCAGUGAUGUCCUUUUUCCAGGUGCGCUGGGUCCAAUCUCAUAACUCAUAAUCGC